CGUUUACAGAUGGCAUGCGCAAACAGAAACAGGAAGUAGCUGUGCAGAGUUCGAGAAAAAUGUCCCGACGUUGUCCCGAAUGUAUUUUCUCUAAAAAGUGAUUCACUUGAACGACUUUGUGAUUAGAAAUCGUAUCAAACUCAAAUUAAACGGUUAUUUCAUAAACAUAGCUAGUUACCCAAUGACAUUGCGAUGUCUAGUAGAAAGAGAUCGAGAGACUCGGAGGACAGAGGGGACCGCAAAAGGCACAAGGAAUCAAAACACGAUGUAGAAAAACUCAAGAAACAAGCGAGAAAACUCAACCAAGAAGUGCAAAAGCUGAAGCAUUUGGAGACCUUUUAUGAAAAACCUCCUCCUGGACUCAUAAAGGCGGAGGAGUACAAACCAGAGGACUGUAUUCCUGCUGAUCCAGGAAAUGAGGAUGCUAGGGACUUCCUGGCUCAUGCCCCCACCAAAGGGCUGUGGAUGCCUCUGGGGAAGGAGGUGAAGGUCAUGCAGUGUUGGAGAUGCAAGCGCUAUGGACACAGGACAGGGGACCGAGAGUGUCCCUUCUUCAUCAAAGGAAACCAGAAACUGGAGCAGUUCAGAGUGGCACACGAAGACCCAAUGUACGACCUGAUCCGAGAAAACAAACGCAAUGAAAAAGAAACAAGGAUCCAGCAGCUGCAGCAACUCCUGCAGGACACCACCUCCUCUGACUCGGACAGCUCCUCCUCUUCCUCCUCCACCAGCGACCGCAAGAAGAGGAAACACAAGAAGAAGGACAAGAAGAAGGACAAGAAGAAGAGGAAGAAGAGGAGGAAGCACAAGUCCUCCAAAACCAGUGACUGUUCUGAGUCCAAUUGAGCCAUAGGAACCUACCUGGAUUGUUCUAGCAGGGAGAUGGCUACACUGCAGUGUCUAUCAGUCAGUGAGCAGCUAUGGUGGUUCUUACCCAUUGGCUCAGGGUCGCCUCAAUGGCACACUACGAAGUGCACACUAGAGGACCCUUUUUGGUUCAGUAUUCUUCCCUCCAUCUGAGCCUUUAAAUAAUGCAUGACUUGUCCCAUCCCUCAUAUGGUUGAUGCCUCUAUUCCAUUAGAUCAUACAGAAUAAGAUUCUAUGGAUCCGCAAUGCUGAUUGUGAAUGUAGGGCCCCUCAGGCGAGGAUCUCAGAAAGCCCUUAUAGCAUGGGUAAUGACAUGACUGGCCCGGGGGGGGGGGCUGAGCCAGCCAGACUAGUUGAAAUCAGUUUGUAGCUGUUUUGAAGGAUGUUGGCUUGAUGAAUCAGAUCCGAAUGAAAACGUGACAAAACAGAGCAUGUUGUUAGAGAUGGUUUUGCUUCGUAUUUAGCUUGAUUGUAGGCCUGUUGUUUUGACAAAUAGAGUGGGGAAAAUUGCAACACAUAUUUUUCCAAAUUUAUUUUCUUCCAAAUGACACUGAUGGAUGUUUGAAUGCUUAUUACUGUACAUAAAUAUUUGGAAUAAAUUGAGGUUGGAAUUUAA